GCGUAUAGCGUUUGUAUAGUGUUGUCAGUCUACAGUUGGACUCGUCAAGUAACCGAGCGGUCCUAGGCGUUUAUAUCGCAGGUUUUACUGCCAAACGCCUAAACAUUACACAUAGUUGGCGAGAUAAGCUACUGUUAAACACAUUUACAAGAACAAGAACAAGUUUGUGUGAAAGUGUAUGUCUAGUUUUGUACAUCAGUGUGUGCGUGCCAGUGAAACGGUCGAUAAAGUUGGUGAUCGUACUGUGCUAUUUGUGGAUUCCUACACUUAUUGUUGGAUUUAUUUGUGAUAAGUUGGAUUGGAUUUGAAGACCAUUGAAAAUGCCGUCGAACAAGAAAGUUAUUGCGAAGAUGCGACAGAUUGUCCAGUGGAUUCUUGUUGUGCAUGUGGUUGAAUUUAUAGAAGCGUAUUGCACGCCGCGCGACACAGCCCGUCGCUCCCCUCAGCGCAGCCGUCGCUCCCGUGAGCCGCGUCGUUCGCCAGACACAACCAGAUGGCGCUACGACUCGAGGAGGACAAAUUACGAUUUUGACUCUUGCCGGCGACCGUACGAGUACGAAAGCCGCAGAUACUACGGGAGGGAGUUCGACGGGGAUUCUGGGAGGCGGGCUGAGUUUGAUGCUGAAUCGGCAAGACGCCGUGCUGAUUACGAGUCCGCGAGGAGGACUGAUUUCGAUCUAUCUGCCCCGGGAGUGUCACGGCGGAGUCCUGAGAGCGCUCCCGAGGGUUCAGCGGAGUCGCCGCCUGAGCCAGCGCCGUCAGCGCCGUUGAGGAACGAGGGACAAUCUCGUCAUAGGUCUCAGCCGUAUUACGAAUCUGAAUCGUCGUCGGAAGAUCGUUCUACAUCAUCAGAAGGGGAAGAGGACGAGUUUGGUGAAUUUGAUCCGUUUGCAACAGCGCCUUCCUUGCAUUCGCCUGAUAGUGGUCGCUCAGACCCGAGAUACGCUAACGCCCCACGAAGAAACCCCAGUCCUUAUUAUUACGGGGACUUAUUCAAAACAGCUCCUCCGCCACCUGCACCGUCGGCCCCCACUAUCUCCUCUACAUCAUCAUCUCGUGGCCCACGUUACAGGAAGUCGGCUAGUCUAGACGCACCGCACGUUGCUCCGCGCCCAAAUCUACCGAAAAGAUUUUCUGUUGCUGAAGAUGGUUUCCGUGAGCUAGAGCGGUCAUCGUCUUCGUCCGGCGAGAGCACGUGGAUGCCGCCGAGGCGCCGCGGGCGCGACGCGGCCGGCUGCGCGUGCGCCGCGCCCGAAGAUGUAGAAGAGCAUCGGCCUUCCCGUAGCGUCUUUUACGUGCCGGCGCCGUUACCCCGCUGGCCGCAAGAGAUGACCACCAGACAGAUUUAUGAAACGGCCUUUGACUGCAAAAUUGCACGCUCCGACGAUGACUUGGACGACUUCGACCGAGUCAGCAAUCACCCAGCACUCUUGCAGGCUGAGGAGCGCAAAGUUAUAUCCUCAGCGUCAUCAGCGUUUGAAGCAGUCGAACGCAGCGAACCAGACAACAAAGGUCGCCGUAAGGUAACUAUGAAAACGGACAGUGUACGCCGCUCAAAGAUUCCAACGAUUCGGCAGAAAAGAGAAACCGAAAGUAAUGCUUGUGCAUUAUCUGAAGAGUUGGAGAAGGUACACAUUGAAGAUGAUGACCGCACAGCGUCGUCAUCCCAACUGCCAUUACGGGGUUAUACACCUUCGCCUCCAUCGACUGCACCAUUACCAACAAAAUUUCAGCAAAAAGACGGUUCAGCAAUGAAUAGCAUCAAAAGUGCCCCGAAUCUACCGCAGUCGCAACCUGCGCAUCCUCGCCUUAAGGAUUUAAGACUUCCUGUAAAGUCGUUACGCGCUCGGGAGACACCCACAAGCAGUGACGCGAGUAUGGUGGACGUAAAAGGUUCCGUUUCGACUGAAUUAGACAUUGGACGUUUAAGAGACUCAAGCCGCGAGUCUCGUGAUGGUGAUGACGAAAGAGCACAAUCAAAAGACGGUAUUUUUUUAGAGAUUAAGGGUCGACCCACUUCCGAUUCUGACACACCUGAAUUGAAUCGGUAUACGGGGCCAAAGGGGGUCGGCCCUAUAAUGGAAUUUAAAGGCAGGCCUGGAGUGACACGACCGCGCCGCAAGUAUUCCAGCACAGAAAGCAUGGCCACUAGCAGCAGUGGCGGCAGCAUGGAAUCUCUGCGGAGUAGCAAUAGCGAAGGUGAUCGCAGCAGUAGUAGUUCCGAAAGUCGUCACUCAUCUUCCCUCAGUUCGCAUAGCUCUGAUUCGGGGAAUGUCCCUUUCACAAAGAGUCAUCACAUGCAACUGUCGGGGUUUGGGCACCACCCAACUAAACUGAACAUUUUGAGUCCGAUCUCGGACAAAUCCUCACAGGAGCCCGCAUCGGAGACGUCCGACAACAAUAAGAAUAAUAAUUCGCAAAAAGUUUCGCCCGAAGAUGGCGAAACUGGGAAUACAACAGUACAAACGACUGUUGAAAUCGUGGCUAAACCCAAACGACGUGCAUUACAAAACAGGAAUCUUUUAAACCUAACUUUCAGACAUUCGACUACAGGCGAUGCAGAGAUUCAGGGCUCCGACAGUGGAAUUUCAAUUCACUCGAGGGAGGGCGUUGAUUCACGGAACGCUUUUAUUAACUUUAAAAACAGUAAUACUGAAGAGGAACGCAAAAACGAAGACGUUGAUAUCUCCGAUUUACCGUUUGACAUGCCGAAACUGAGAAGACGACGAGCCGAAGCUGAAGCCGAUUUACGAUCCUUGCCAUUUGAUAUGCCCAAACUACGCCGAAAGUUACGAGUGCAGUCUUUGCAACUCAACAACGAUUUUGGAGGAGCAAUUUCGAAUGCGUCUUCUAGCCAAAGCGUCGAAGAUUUGAAUCAAGGUAACAAACACAGACCGAAUUUGAAAUUGAAUUUCGAUAGCGGCAGCGGCGGAUCGGGCAGUUCUAAAGGAUUACAUUUGAAUUUGGGGCCAAUUGCUCCGCCUAGAGAUCUCGUAGACGCUUCUCUCCCACUUGACCGACAAGGGUGGUAUCAUGGCACUUUAUCGCGCGUUGAGGCUGAAAGUCUGCUUAGAGAUGCGGAUGAGGGGGCUUUCCUGGUCAGAAACAGCGAGUCAGCAAAACACGACUAUUCGCUCAGUUUAAAAUCAACGCGUGGAUUUAUGCACAUGCGCAUAUGCCGUGCUGCGGAAGGCUACACUCUAGGCGGCGCGACGACAGCAUUCCCCAAUGUCCCGGCACUGAUGCGGCACUACGUCACAGCCCAGAGACUCCCGGUGAGGGGAGCAGAACACAUGGCACUCUCCACGCCUCUGCCAGCCGUCCUGCUUUGAACGAGCCAAGGAUUAUUUUGGGUUUUAUUUUUGAACAGCGCAAGGAAUUGCGAGGGUCAUGACGACCGCACUCCGAUGCGCAGGAGUUGUGUACAUAUGGCGAUUGGUGAUCGCCGACAGCACAAGGAAGGAGUUAAUUUAGUUGUAGAAAUGCCCAGUGAAUAAUACCAAAGAUUUUAGGAUUAUGUUACCACAAUGAUUUGCUAAUUAAACAGGCUUUUUGUAAUUCAGAGUGUAGCACUUUGUAUGUUUAUGCUAGUCCGUAUCGCAGCAAUUUGUGUAAAGUAUAUUGCAUUAUUUAUUCGCAUAUAAUCAUUUAGAGUACAUUUAUUGAAAUAGGUACUUGUGUACUGUCUUGCUUGAUAUUACUCAUUCAUUGUUUAUCUUAGGAGCAAAUGAUAAACUCUGAUUAGUCAGUGUUAUCGAAGUAUAUUACGGUGGUUGUUUCGAUUGACGCAAACGACGAAACAUAAAAAUAAGAACGAUAAACUUUGUUUCGCAAACGUCGCUUUACAAUCGGUUUAAUGAUUCAUUAUAAAGCAAAUCACAAUUAUCACCUGACCUUUGCGAUGAGCAAAUCGUUAUAUCAAGGUCUUAGUGGUUAAUACGUGGAAUUCCAUUAUUGUAAAAACGCUGAAUAUUGAAUUCAUUGAACUUUUGCUGAGCAGUCAAUGUUUAUAGGUCACUUUUUUGUGAAGCGUCUCCUGGCUAGUGUAGAGUCACUGACAAUUCAUUUUAGGUAGCAUUAACCAAAUAACACGCCUAGCGAUAUGCUUCACCAUGAAGGUAAUGGUAUUAGUAUAGAUAUCGGUAUUACUGGAUCAUGUAUGUUAUUUGUUUUAUGUAAAUGGUUAAUGGGUUUUAUAAUAUAUUCCGCUUAAUGACUAAUGUAUGUAACUGAUUAUUGGAAAGAUAAUGCGCAAAAAUGUGAUACAUUUUUGUUUAUUUGUUGGCGUCUGUUGACACAUAUACUGUGUUUAUUUUCCAACAGUAAUCCAAUGAUUCACUGAAAUAACAUUCAACUUUUUCAAAACAGCGUAAACGCGAAUUACAACGCAGAAUUUAACAAGGACGUAAACGUAUCAAAAUGUAAAUGUCAGUGUAUUUAUAAAGCAAACAUUUUUGUAGUUGAAUACUUAAUACAUGUAUCACGCUAUUUAACGUAUUUAUGACCUUCUAGCUUUGUUAUAAGGUUGAAUUUUAGUAUGUUUUAUAAAUACAGCGAUGAUUCACGUUCAUGUGGGUCGGGCUGACAUGAAAACCGUAUCGAUUUUAGUGCGAAAGUGUACUCUAACUAGAAAUUAUUUUUGUCUCUUUAAACUAUUGUAUUACAGUGUUAAGUGAUUCAGGCCAUGGUUAUUCAACGCGAUUGCCAAACUUUGAAAAUAUUUUAAAAACAAUUCGAUUCGUCGCACAUUUUUUCACCAUGGUUGCAAAUAGUACUUAUAAAUUGGCCAACGUGGAAUAGUGUAAAGGUUUUUCAUAUAGCUUUUCAUACAGUAGGAGUGUUUUAAAGGACAUUAUAACGUAAGCUAACCCCAAUGUAUGGCACGAAAGUAACAUAAGUACAUAGAAAGAGAUUGCACGUGUUAUGUAACUUUCACAUUGAUUUAUUUAUAUUUUUUGUUACAUAGAUGUAGGUAGGUUAGUCGAAGCCUGUAUUUCUGUUCAUAUCCCUUGAUUGAGUCAAGAUGAAUGUUACAACGAUAUUUACAAUGAAAAUCAAGUGAUGUUUCAAAUAUUUGAGCAGCUGUUAUUAUUUAAGCAUUAAAUGCACGUUGACAUUUUUUAUUAUUUGUUUUGUGAUGUGGCAGCUAUACAUUAGAAUCAAUGGACUUGAAUAACAAGUACCAGCACAUUAUUAUUAUUUAUUUUCCACACCCUAUUUAUUUAUAAGAAGUGUCAACGUGCGUUUGAUUAUCCCCACAUUCUGUGAUUUUGUUUGAUGAUACUAUAAAAGCCAAAAAAAGAUUUUCGUAAUAAGUUCAUAUUUAUGUAUAACAUUCAAUAAUUUAUAUACCACGUUUAAUAUAAGUUGUAUAAUACGAUCUCAACGCGUAACUUCCUCUCGAUAUUUAGUUACCUUAGAAUUAAUUUCUGAUUGAUUUGUACCUGAUUUUUGAGAAUGUUUGUAGAAACUUAAAAAUUGUUUUAACAUUGUGUUUAGACAACGUAGUGUUAGUGUGUUGUAUUGUGUACGGGAACGAGCGAAUUUUGAUGUAUCUGAUCACAUUUUAAAUGUACGUAAAAUUACUUAACCACCGCGGAGCAGCUUUUGCAAGCGUACAACUAAUUUUAAAAUAGACUUAUAUACGAUUUUAUUAUUAAUAAGCAUUCCGGUGUGUACAUGAGUGAAUAAAGCCGUUUGGGUCCACAUUUUAUUGUCCACGGAUGAUUUUUAACGUCUAUAAUAAUGAGAGUGCUUAAUAUUUUCGACUCAAGUAUUCACCGUAAUGGAUAUGUAGGAACCGCAUAAUGGAUCGUAGGAUAAUGGAAAAAUUCUUAAUAUUCGGAAAAAAAUAACUAAAAUGUGUCAAAAAUGUCAAAUGCGAUGUAGCUCUGGAAAAAGUUAGGUAAAAAUUUAUAGCUUAUAGUAGUUAUAAUCAAGUGUAAUUUUGAAGGUGUAGUUUGAAAUUGAUCAUGAAAUAAAUUGCAUAAAAAAAA